UAUAUUUCAACACCACUCAUCAAAAUUAGAUCAAUCAAGAAUCGGUCACUAACUGAACUUAUUUAGUUACUAUUUUUUGCAUUGCAGCAAUGGACCCUGAAAUGGUAAAGAAUCUAGGAUCCUCUCUUCUGGUUCCUUCUGUACAGGAAUUGGCAAAGCAAGGCAUCACAAAAGUUCCAGAACGAUAUCUUCAUCCAAAUCAAGAACCAUCUUUUGUAUAUGACACAGCAUCUUUGCCACAAGUUCCAGUGGUGGAUUUGAAUAAAUUGUUGUCUGAAGAUGCAACUGAACUAGAGAAGCUGGAUCAUGCGUGCAAAGAGUGGGGUUUCUUUCAGUUGAUCAAUCACGGUGUGAACCCUUCACUGGUGGAAUAUAUGAAGAAAAAUGUUCAAGAGUUCUUGAAUCUUCCACCGGAAAAGAAGAAGGAAUUGUGGCAGAAACCAGGAGAAAUGGAAGGAUUUGGUCAAAUGUUUGUUGUAUCAGAGGAGCACAAAUUAGAAUGGGCAGAUUUAUUCUACAUUUUCACCCAACCAUUAUAUGCAAGACAUCCCCAUUUGUUUCCUAGUAUUCCCCAACCAUUCAGGGAUAAUCUAGAGAAAUAUUCUUUGGAGAUUAAAAAUCUUAGUGUCACAAUCUUUGAAUUUAUGACAAAAGCUCUUAAGCUUCAACCCAAUGAACUGGCAGAGCUUUUGGAAGAGGGAGGGCAAGCACUGAGGAUGAAUUAUUACCCUCCAUGUCCCCAGCCAGAAAAAGUGAUUGGACUGAAGCCUCAUUCUGAUGCUGGUACCCUUACAAUCCUCCUCCAAGUCAAUGAAAUGGAAGGCCUUCAAAUAAGAAAAGAUGACAUGUGGAUUCCUGUUAAACCCCUCUCCAAUGCUUUUGUCAUCAAUGUUGGUGACAUUUUGGAGAUAAUGACCAAUGGUAUUUACCGGAGCAUUGAACAUAGAGCUACAGUUAACUCAGAGAAGGAGAGGAUUUCCAUUGCUACAUUUCACAGUCCUAGAUUGAAUGCAGUUAUAGGUCCUGCACAAAGCCUCAUCACUCCUGAAAGACCAGCAGCGUUCAAUAGCAUUAGUGUAGAAGAUUUUUACAAAGGGUAUUUUUCACGUGAGCUGCAAGGGAAGUCAUACAUUGAUGUCAUGAGGAUUCAAAAUGGGUUAUAAUAAAGGGAAAUUGUCUUUCAUGGGGCAGAAAAAUAAAAUAAGAAGUUAAGAACACAACAAACAGUUGUGUGACAUGACAUGCAUGUGGUACCUAUGCAGAAUAAUACAAUAAUGUUCAUCGUUCAAUGAUUGAAGCUGAAAAUGUUACCUUGGAAGCUAAUUUGGAUUAAUAAAUUUGCAUCGUGGGGUUUAAUGUGUUGUUGAACUAGUUUUUAUUAGUUGA